CCAGGUCCUGAUGAAAGGAAGUCAGAGCUGCUGCCCGCUGGGUGGGAAGCCAACAAGGAGGUGUAUACGCUGCGGUACAAGUCCACGGAUGAUGCCCGUGAGCUGCUGCUGAAGGCCAUCAUGGUGGAAGACAGUAUGAUCCUCAACGUCAUGGAUCGCACUUCUCAGAAAGUGGCAGAUGUGACCUUGGCAGUGGCCGACUACAUCAACCCGGAGCACCUGGAUGAUUUCCACAAGGUGUACAAGAACACUGAGGAGCUGAGGACACGGAUUGCUUCAGGCAUCAUCGCUCCCCUCGGGGCCCCCACAGAGAAGGCCAAAAAGGAGCCUGAGGCUGAGAAGAAGGAUGCUGAUUUGCCCCAGGAUUACGACCCCCUGAGGGUCCCUCCCCGGCAGCCAGCAGGCACGAGAGCACCGUCCUGGCCUUCCCCCUUGAGCCCCUUUGCUGUUGGUGGGGAAGACCUGGACCCCUUUGGGUAA